AUGUCUCAUAUAUCUAGUUGGCCUGUGUUUUAAGAAUGCGAUGCAAGUACAAAAUUUUGGAAUAGAAAUGAUUGUGUUGUUGACAAUAAUAUUUUAUUAAGCGAAGAAUUAAAGAAAACAGACUAUAAAAGUGUAUCAAUAAAAGAACGAACUUAUCUCCUUAAUAAUAAGGGAUAAUUUUACUACUUGAAGUAAGAUAAAUUGAGAUGGGUGUAAUUGAAUACAUAGAUGAGUGUUAAAUUAAUAGAGUUGAAGUUACCUUAAAGAGACCAUGAUGUUGUACAGGUGAUUCGAAUAAAGAGAAAUUAAAGAGUAUAUGCAUGUUUUUGGAGUUCAGAUUAGUAAUAGUUUAAGUGAAUAGAGUUAGAAGACGUUUGAAUAUUUUAAAAGGAUAGCAGGAUUUUGUGUUUGUUAGAAUUUUGAAUAACUGUAUACAUUUUAAGAUUUAUUGGGAAAAGGUGGUUAUUCAAAAGUGUAUUAACUUUGUCCAGUUAAUAGACUACCUUAUUAAAAGUAAUUCUAUGCUGGUAAAGUAUAUAAUAAAAGUGAUGUGAAUUCAAAAAAGAAUUUAGUGUCAAUAUCUCAAUUAAUUAGAUAAGAAUGUGAGAUCUUAAAAAAAUUGAAUUCUCCAUUCAUUCUAAAUUUAUUUGAGAUAAUUUAAUUAGAUGAGCAAUUAAGUAAGAAUGAUUGAUUUAAUAUAUAAAUAGUAUUGAUAACAGAAUUACUAAGUAGUGGAUCAUUAUAUUAAUUAUUAAAAGAGAAGGUUAGAAUACAAGAAACGGAAGCAAGUGGAAUAAUAAUGCGAAUAGCAUUUGGAUUACAAUGUCUUCAUAGGUAAAUAAGAUAAUUAAUUUAGUUUAGGGUAUGUUCAUAGGGAUAUAAAAUUAGAGAAUUUAUUAUUAGAUAAAACUGAGAUUAAAAUAAUAGAUUUUGGAUUUGCAGAAUAAAUAAACAGAGAUGUAUUAAUAUCAGGAUAAGGAACUGUAGGUUAUAUGGCUCCAGAAAUAUUCUAGAAUUAGCCAUACACAGAAGUAGGAGAUGUUUUUAGUUUAGGAGUAGUUUUUUAUAUAUUAUUAACUGGGAAGUCUCCAUUUAGAGGACAUAAUUAAGAAAAUAUAUUGAGAGCGAAUAAAAUAUGUGAAAUUGAUUUUAGUGAAUAUUGUUUUGUUAAUGUCAGUCAUAAAGUUAUCAGUUUAGUAAAAGCAAUGCUUUAAAAGAAUCCUAAGAAUAGAAUAAGUUUGAAUGAUGUAAUUUAAAUGUUAAGAACUUAAACAUCAUUAAUGGAUUAUGUUUAUUAAACAAAUUCUAUUGAUGGAUCAUAGAUGAGUAAAUAAGUUGGAAUUAGAUCUCUUUAUUUAAUAAGUUAAAAUUCUUAGGAUUCUUUAAAGGGAUAGAAAACAACUUGUUAGAAUAGAUUGAAUAUAACAGAUAAAUGUGUUGUUAAAACAAGUACUUUUAGACCUUCAAUUGUUAAUAUUGAUAGUAGUGAUAAUGAAGAUUUAGAGGAUAAUCAUCUUCCUGGUUCAGUUGUACAAUUUUUAUCUCUUUCUAUGAAUAUUAUGAAUAACAAUAAAUUUCCUUGAUAUUAAAAUUUAUAUUAAAUGUAGGUGCCAUGCAUGUUUUGUGAUCACAAUGGGAAUCUUCCAGAAUUACUGAAUAUGGUAAACAUGAAAAACAUUAAAGGCUCUUUAUUCAAGGUAUCAGACAGAUUUUUGUUAACUGUAAUUAAGAAGUCCUAUUACUAUUCGUUUCUAAGAUUAGGCUUGUUUUGAAGAAUUGGAAGAGUAUUUCAAAUUGUAUUAGCUCUAGUUAUUUACUUUAGUUAUUAUACCUUUCCUUAUUUGAAAGAUAAUCAAAAACAACUCAUUGAAUAUUAUAGAUAUCAUAGAGAUAUUCCACGUAUUUUCAUUAAGAAUAUCACCCCAUAAUUAGAAGCUUAUCAUGAAAAAUAAAGAGAAAUCAGAUAUAAAAAAAUAAAAAAAUAAUUAGGAAUGCAUGUUGAAGACACAACAAGGGAUGAUAUGAUUUAUUCAUUUAAAGCACUUAAAGGUAUAAGCGAACUAUAGACUUCCAGACAAUUGUAACAGUUGCUUAAAUAAAUCAAACCAUUACGAUAUGAUAAAAGUGCUAUUGCUACUUUAAUUAAAAAGUAAAAGUAGUAGAUGUUACAAUCACCUUAAUUGAAACGAUUAUUGAAAAUGGAUAAUAUUAACACUGCUACUACUUAGGAAACCAAAAGAACUUAUCAUACUUAUCAUACACUUUAAGAUGUAAAGAAGAAAUGUCACAAAAAACAACUCACUUUAUACACAGAACAUUCUCCAGAUGAGAGAAAUGAAUUCUAUAAGAGAUGGUCUGAUGUUUUAAGUCAUAGAUAAUUAUAAUAUCAUAAAAAUAAAAUAAAAUGCACUCUUCUCAACAAAAAGAAAUCACUUAAAUGA